AUUCAGUUGUUGACUAAAAAUCUCUCGAACAUCUUCAUAUAAAUUUAAAAGUAAUUUGAAAUAAUAAAAUAAAAGAUGAAACGAAUUCUGCUUUGCCUUGGUUUAUUCCUUGUUUUAUCGAAGAGAUGUGAAGGGAAGCUGACUAAAGAAUGUCUCGCUGAUUAUUUGAAGUUCAGUAACAUUCAUGACGACAUUCUUGAUUCAAUCGACCCAUACACUGGCGAUCCCGUCACAUGCUCGAAUGAUAUUAGGUUAAAAAUAGCAGAUUUUUAUGGCGAAACUCGUUCAAAGAUGGAAUCGAAUUUCAAACAAAAACCGUACGCUGAUUGUGCAAUGGGAGAAAUAGAGACGGAAAGAUAUAAAAAUAUUUUACUGAACGCCGAAGUUAUUGAGCUUAAGGGGGUGGGAUUGAAGUUCUGGAAAAUUUCUUCAAAGAAUUCAAAAAUUGAGGAGCUGAAGAAACAAGCUCAAAAUAUCGUUGAAAAUGCUUUGAUUAAAUGCAAAGGUCAAACCGAUUAUGGAGCAUUUUUUGAUACAUUCUAUGAACAGAAAAGAUUUGAACCAAUGUCGGAUGAUUAUGAUUACUGCAUGCGCAAACAUCUCGUGGAGAAAUCAGUCAUAAAUCCCAAUUUGUAUAACUUCAAAAUGAAUCCAAAAAAUGUUAACAUCGGAUAUGAACGAUGUGAAUCCAUCAUGAAGUUAGCUUUGGAGCAAAUGAGAGGAAACAUUGAAAAUUCCGGCUCAAGUUGUGUCAUUGACACUUUCGUCGAUAACGGAUAUCUUGAACAAAUGAUGAAAAUUCAAUUACUUUCAAAGCUUACGCUCACGCAAAGCGAGAAAAAUAAUGAAAAAAAUAACUUCGUUAAUCAAAUGAUUGAAAUGACGCACAAAAUCAUAAGUUGUCCAAAGUCUUGAAUUUUAAAUUAUCUUCAAAUGUUAAAAUAAGUCGUGAGUGUUGUUUAUUCGAAAAAGAGGGAAAUUCUAUCAAUAAAAAUUUGGAAUCAUUCAAAGAUAAGCAUUUUUAGAUAUCUUAAUCCGC